UGCAUGCGACAUUUGACGCCUUUUGCUUACUUGUAUUUUGAAUGAGCCACAGCUGGUAUUCCCGAUUGCAGUGAAUUUUAGUAUCAACAAACUAGUUUCAAGCAUGGCGAAUCUUUACCAAAUUCUUCUGUUGCUUUUUAUGUUUUGCGCUGAAUCACGUUCAGAAUCGAAAACGAUUUCUCAAUGGAGUUAUAGCAGGUGUUCCAAAUCGCAAACCCAAAUGUCUCACAUCAAUUUUACAACCAAAUUGCCCUCCUUGUGGUAUGGAUAUGAUGUAGCAGUCAGAGUUAUACCAAGUGACCCCACUGUAGAUCACGAGUUUAAUGCGACAGUGACCGAAAUCAAAAUCAAGAAUAACGUUGCGAUUGUUGAACUCAAUAGAACAGAUCAAAACAUGGGUUGGGAUCAAAUGCCAAUUACUGUGAUCGUCACUGAAACAGGGUACGACGACAUUAUUGACUACAUUCGUCGAACUGCGUCAGUGCAUUACAACUUAGAUGAAGGGAAUUACGUCACAAAUAGUACCUCUAAUCGUGUUUCUGGAUUGAUCGAUAAAGGCUUGUCAAAGUUACCAGCAUUGCAAAGCAACCCUGAUCGACAACCCAUAUUGUCGAGCGAUGAUCAUAACGGAAGAAAGUAUUUGAUUUUUAAUGGAACUAAUCAAGUGCUACUGGUUCCUGGAUUGGAUAUAGACACAGUUAGUAUGUUGUCAGUCACUAUCGUUUAUCGAAUCGAUGGAUACGAUGAUACGUAUUCCAUAAGCAAAAACGGCUUGUUUGGCAACGCUAUUACAAAUCAUAAUAAAUAUGUUUAUGUUCAAAAGGAUGACAAAAUAGUUAUAUCCGGAACUACUUCCGAAUAUGUUGCGGCAAAUGCUCGAAUAAAUAAUGUAAAAGCUGCUGCAAUCAAUGUGUGGAAUAUUCUUACAGUUCAAUGGGACGUGGAUGGUGGAAUGGAUGCAAGUAGUGUUUGGUGCAACGGACAACUACUCGAACGUUUUCAAGCAAGACCAGUUUUAUCAGUGCCCAGCACCUUUAAUAUCGGUGACACAAACACCAAAACAAAUCUGCCAUUCAAAGGAGCGAUUGGUGAAUUUUUAACGUACCGGGGCCAAGUCCUUUCAGAUGAAAUGAUAACUGAUCACCACCGUUAUUUCAUGGAUCGGUGGGCCAUCUCGUCUUAAUCAGAAAAUGACUAGAUCCUGGUGAUGUAUUAAUAAACUGUUCUACAACACAAACCACAAUCGAAGAAUUUCUUAAAAUAUUUGAAUGUAUAUAUAUUACAUAUAGUUCUUAUUGAAAGGCCGAAAUAUCGAACUUUGGUAAAGUUACGAAGCUUUUAUCCGCAUAAAAGGGAAUAUCAGCCAAAAAAAUUGUUAUUUAUACACGUAUAGUCGUAUGUUCAUGUCAUUGAAAUAGUUUGCAAAAAUAAAAUAUAAAUACAACUAAAACUAAUCCAAACUACUUUGAAGAGUGUUAUGAAGCACGGUGAACAAAUGCAGUUUCUGUCCAACUGGAUGUAAACUGAAUGUAACUGUGUGCUUAUUAUGUCAAUCUGCUUCGGCCGUGCACUUCUAGCAAAGCAAUACAUCAACACAAAUUUACUUUAGUG